AUGGCAUGUAGAGGAUGCUGGGAGUUCCUUUUGAAGCUUUUGAACUUUAUUUUGACCCUGACUGGUCUGGCCAUGGUGGGCUAUGGAAUCUAUCUUUUUGUUGAAUUCUCUAAAGCUUCAGAUGAUGACACUCCGGAAAUUUCUCCUGUCAGUGAUGAUUCUGCUCUGAUUCAACUUGGCCGGCCCAUGCUUAUGGCUGUGUCAUUAUCUAACAGCUUUUUUGAUAACUUGCCCAGGGCAUGGUUUAUUUACUUGUUUAUUGGUAUUGGAGUAGUUCUCUUUCUUAUUUCUUGUUUCGGUUGUAUUGGAGCUGCAACACGGAAUGGAUGCUGCCUGAGCUAUUAUUCGAUUUUGGUGGUAUUAUUGAUCUUGAUAGAGCUGGGAUGUGCUGCCUUUAUAUUUUUUGACAAAAACUGGAAAGAAGAAAUUCCGAAAGAUAAAACGGGAGAUUUUGAUGCGAUAUAUGAAUUUCUGAGUGAGAAUUGGAAUAUUGUGAGGUGGAUUGCUCUUGGAAUAGUCGUCUUUCAGACCCUUCUUUUCCUGUUAGCCCUUAUUGUCAGGGCUGCAAAUAGGCCAGCAGAAUAUGACAGUGAUGAGGAGUUCAUUAAUCCAAGACAGCAAGUGCGGCAGCCAUUACUCAAUAGACCAGCAGCAGGCCCAGCAACAGGAUUACUGGCUCCGGGGACAAUUGACCAGCGAUCAAGCAGAAAUGAUGCAUGGAGUACAAGGAUGAGGGAGAAGUACGGGCUUGAUACUUCGGAAUUUACAUACAAUCCAUCUGAGUCGAGCUGGUUCCAGCAAGUAAACUCACAGACAACUGAAGAAAAGAGCCGUUGCACUAUAAUGUGA